UUCAAAUCCCCCUGCAAAGUAUCGAAGAAGUAUGGUUCCUAGGAGACGAGACAGACACAACCAAGCGACAUUCACCCAUUCGAUGAAGCCAGAUCUGUGAUGCAGCAGGUAGAGCACCUUCACCUGAAACAUGUGGUGCAGACCGUGUGUGUGCUGGAGGCGGUCAUUCUCCGCAGCUUUGGGACCCGAUGGCGGCCAGGUGCUCUUCACUCGGGAUACGGGACAGCUGAUGUUGAGCCGCAGUGGGAAACAAAUUCUUACAGCACUGCGGCUCGACCACCCACUGGCUAGGAUGGUGGUGGAGUGUGUGUGGAAACACAGCGAGAACACCGGGGACGGGUCAAAGACCUUCAUCCUACUGCUGGCCUCGUUGCUGCGAGGGAUUCAAACGGCGGCCAGCAAGGGCUCCGUCGGCGGCCACGUCUACACGAACAGAGCUGCCGUGCUAGCCGCCGGCGCCAGACGCACGGCAGAGGAGCUGCUGGCCUUCGGGCUGGAGGAGCUAGCCGAGGUCAUCCUCGUCGGGGUGGUCCCUCACACCGCCAGUCUCUCAUGGGAGAGCGGACUCAAGCACAGAGACCCAGAAGCUCCGCCGCGCUCUGACGCCGACGCAGACCCUUGUCCCCUUCAGAGACUGCUGGCGACGUUCUUUUACACGCGGCUCGGCCGCACACACGCCCAGCUCGCCAGCCGACUGACCCGCGACCUGAUCUCCCUCUGGAGGCCCCCCGCGGACCCUCCGGCCCUCACCCUCCGCCUCCUGGAGAGGAACUUCGGGGCGUUGCACACCGCUGUGUGCGGCCUCCCCGCGGGGGGGUCCCGUCUGGUGGAGGGGCAGGUCAUCCACCGGGACUUCGCCGUCCCGCCGCGCCCACCGCAGCCGGGGCAGCGGGAGCAGCCGCCGGUCAGAGCCGUGGCGCUGGUCGGCGCGGGGGGCUCGCUGCAGCCCAACACAAUUUUGAGCGGGACGGUGUUGCAGGUGGGCGGUCCGGGAGGGGGGGCGGAGGAGGCGGACCCCGAGGGAGGGGUUUUGAAGUACAGCGCUUGGGCAGAGCGGUCCCUGGAGGGGGCGGUGGGCCGGCUGCGGGGGCUGGGCGUCACGCUGCUGCUCUCGGCGGGGAGGCAGACGCAGGCGGCCCUGGGGGCGGCCCGCCGCGCCGGCCUCGCCGUGGUGGAGUGCGUGGAGGAGGAGGAGCUGGCGCUGUUUGCCCAGCUGAGCGGCGCCACGCCCGCCACGGUGUGCGGGCGGGUCGGUCGGGAGCACGUCGGCGUGCUGAGCUUCUGUGAACCCAUAGUGCUGGGGGCGCACAGGUACGUCCACGUUGGGUUCCCGGGGGCCGCCGUCCGGCCCCACAGCCUGGUGCUGUGCGGCGCGGGGGAGGGGCAGGCGGAGCAGGGGGCGGGCGCCGUCCGGGACGCGCUGCGCAUGCUCCUCGCCAUGUGGGAGCCAUGGCAACGCACCACAGAAGACGAACACGCCGCCAGCCCCGGAGCCCCCUCGCACCCACGCCACCCCAAGAAUGGUCAGAGCCGCUCGGACGGAGCCGGCCCGUCCCGGGAGGGCGCGCUCGACCCGCGGGGUACCGUCCCGGCCGGCGGGGAGUUUGAGUUCCUGCUGCACCGCGCCCUGUUGCGCCACGGCGAGGGGCCCGGCGGCCAGAGGCCCGGCGGCGAGGGCGGCGUCCCCGCUCCGUGCCGGCUGCUGGCGGACGCUCUGCUGACCGUCCCCAGACACGUCUACUCCCAGGGGCCCCGGCGCCUCAUGCAGGCCCAGACACUGAGCCUGGGGAGGAGCCGCAGCACGGCGCUGCAGUGUGACGGGGAUGGGGGUGGUGGUGGUGGGGGUGGUGGUGGUGGUGGUGGUGAUCGUGGUGGUGGUGGGGUUAGUGGUGUUGGACUUCGUGUCUCCCCUGCUGCUGCUGAACAGAGCCCUGGUGCCCCCCCCCGUGCGUCAGAUGCGGGGCUCGAGUCGGUCUCCUGUAAAUACCGGCUGAUUCUGGCUGUUCUCCAGUGUCUGUGUAGUGUUUUGCGUGCUGAUGCCGUGCUGCAUUUGCACAAAUCGUCACGCGCAACUGCUUCACCAGAGGACACAGGCGAUGAUGAUGAUGAUGAAGAUGAUGAGCGUUAAAUAUAACUGCAAACUUUAAAUUGCAAAGUAUGCAUCUGUUUAUCAUUAUUAUUUUUUUUUAUACAAGAGAUUUCUAUCUGUUAAGCCAUUUUGUAAUUGUUUUCAAUACAUGUAUUUAUAUCAUGUCUCUCGGACAAUAAAUGUCAUUUAUUAGUA